AUGUCUGAAAGAAAACGCCCUUUGGCGGAUGCCGAUCCUAAUUGUGAAUCUUCAAUGCCCCAAAAAUCCCCCAAAGAGAAAGCAAACGCUAGCCCAGGCUCAGCGAAAACCACUGAAGGAGACGAGAACGCUGUCGCGGAACCAAAGUUUAUUCGUUUGCCCCGACCUAUUUGGGAUGUCCAAAAAGAAAAAUGGGAUAAACGAAACGAGCCUAAAGACGGGACUGAAAAGGAGGGCGAAGACGAGGACGAGAGUGAUGAUGAGGGUGACGACGAGCAAGAUACGUUUGCCACCGACUCCGCACAAGACGAUGGUCUCCCUGACUGGGUUUGGUAUAUAUCAGAGGAAGGCUUGGCCAAGUACACCUACCUGGAGAAGCAGGCUGCCAAUCGUGAUCAGGAUGAGCAUGGGCUGUACAUUUACAGCAAUUUCACUUCCUACGGCGUCAGCGAGGUAGUUGACAACUGGUUGAAAGACUUCAACAAAGAAGUUUCAAGGAGAAAAGUGUCUCCGUGUGCUACAUGGGCCCACCUUGAAGGUCUCUCCAUGUUUUUACAGCUGGACUAUGUUGAUAUCUGGUUUCAGGGCGAUGACUGUCACGGAUUCGCUGUAACGAUUUCCAUGGUUGGCAAGGCUCUCCUGACCGGACUCUACCUGCUAAAGAAUCACAAGUUAUCCAAUCCCUAUCUGCCUGAGAAUGGUGGACCCAAGAACAUUUCACUUGUUUUGGCUUUAUUCGUUGAUUUUAUCCAGUCGUGGGACGACAUUGGUGGCGACCAUUACGGAGAGACUGCGUGGGUGUCCAAGCUUGAGAAGCUGGCCAAGGACAACGGCAUUGUCAUCAAGGGGCCGUACAAGUUUCAGGAGCGCACGGAAGAUUAUGAUGAUUAUUCAGUCAAGGGAUGGAAAGAAGAAUUCAAGGCCUAUACAAAACGGCAUGCCCCGAACGGCGGUAAGACAAUCGGUGGCACACACUACGAUCUCACCAAAAUGUCAAAGGCCGAGAAGAGGGGGCUCCAGGGUGGUGGUGGAAGCUGGGGUUGGUCUUAG